UCAGCUUCGGAGACUGCCUCUUUGUGCAAGGAAACUGCUGCACAAAGCAAGAGGCAGGAAGCUUGGCAGCGUGUGCAAGCUGGGUACAAGCUGGAAGAACAUGCUCUCUGUGCUGGAAAACGUGUUGAAGACCACCUCGUCCUGGCUGCAUGUGGACGUCUACCGGGUUUUUCACCUGGCCGCUGUGUUCUGCCUGACCUGCGUGUUGCUAAAAGCCAGCCAGCUGUAUCAUCGGAGGCAGGAGUUGCUCAGAGUUUUUGCCAGUUUCCCAGGCCAUCCAACCCACUGGCUGUACGGCCAUACCCACCUGUUUAAAAAAGAAGAGGAGACAUUGGACACAGUGGAGGCCUGGAGCCUAAAGUACCCUGAUGCUUUCCCUCUGUGGUUUGGAAGCUUCUUAGCAUACUUGAACAUCAGCCAUCCUGAAUAUGCUAAGGUUUUAUUGACAAGAGCAGAUCCCAAGGAUAAUAUGAGUUAUAAACACUUAAUUCCGUGGAUUGGGAAAGGAUUACUGGUCUUACAUGGUCCAAAGUGGUACCAGCAUCGUAAACUUCUAACUCCGGGGUUUCAUUACGAUCUGUUGAAACCUUACGUGCCAUUGCUUGCAGACUCUACUAAAGUGAUGCUGGAUAAAUGGGAACAACAGAUCACAGAGGACAAGUCAAUGGAGCUCUUUGAAGCCAUCAGUUUGAUGACUCUAGACAGCAUCAUGAAAUGCGCCUUCAGUUACCAGAGCAACUGUCAGAUGGACAGGGACAAUUCCUACACCCAAGCUGUCUACGAACUCACCUAUUUGGUGCAUCACAGACUCCAAAUCAUCCCGUAUCACAGUGAUUUCAUCUAUUGGCUCAGUCCUCAAGGCUACCAGUUCAGGAAGGCCUGCCAGAUUGCACACCUCCACACAGAAAAGGUGAUCCAGGAGCGGAGGGAAUCACUCAAGGAUGAGCAAGAACUUGAAAAAAUCCAGAAAAGGCGUCACUUGGACUUUCUGGACAUCCUUCUCCAGGCCAAAGAUGAAAACGGAGUUGGAUUAUCUGAUGAGGACAUACGAGCCGAGGUGGACACGUUCAUGUUUGAGGGUCACGAUACCACAGCCAGCGGGAUUGCCUGGCUCUUUUACUGCCUGUCCCUGCACCCUGAGCACCAGCAGAGGUGUAGGGAAGAGGUCCAGGCAGUUCUGGGAGACCGGGAUACGGUUGAGUGGGACGACCUCAGUAAGAUGACUUACUGCACCAUGUGCAUUAAGGAGAGCCUGCGUCUUUACCCUCCGGUCCCAGGGGUAGCCCGGCAGCUCAGUAAACCCAUCACGUUUUACGACGGACGGACUCUACCCGAAGGCAUUUUGGUAGCAAUAAGCAUUUAUCUCAUUCACAGAAAUCCCAGCGUAUGGAAAGAUCCACUGGUGUUUGAUCCGUCAAGGUUUUCUUCGGAGAACAUCUCCAGUAGACAUCCUUAUGCCUUUCUGCCUUUCGCUGCUGGAUCAAGGAACUGCAUUGGGCAGCAGUUUGCCAUGAACGAGCUGAAAGUAGUGCUGGCCCUGACCCUGCAGCGCUAUGAAUUCUCACCAGAUCCAGAAAAUCCUCCCAUUAAAGUACCUCGGAUCACCCUUCGUUCCAAGAAUGGGAUUCACCUGUACUUGAAGAAAGUCCUGUGAUGCUGAAACAGCACUGACUUCAACGAAGGCAGGGAUCGAACCAAAGGGAUUAUCAGUUUAUAGGACUAAGAGGGAGCAUCUACACAUGCAUUUAAACACAACUAAAUUUAAUGUGGAUUAAGCUAAUGUGUAUUAAGUGAUUUUUUGCAGGUGUCUACACAUGCAGAGGCUUGGCACUGAAAUUAGUGCCAAGUCCCUGCAGCCCUGCCAUGUGCCCCUAGUGGCUGGGCAGACCCAACACUAAAGUUAGUGCCAGGUUGCAUCUACAUGUGCGUUAAUGCAUUUGCAAGUAUCAAAUUUAGGCACAAUCAGCCUAAUUUCACCAUUUUUAAUGUAUAUUAAGGGUGUACACAUGUAGACAUGCACCCGUAAUAUGUGUUAAAUUAGACUAAUGCACAUUAACGUGUCUCCUGCAGCAUCUUGGCCCAAGGACAUCAACUUCCCUUCUGCCACCAGUGGAAGGGCCCAUGUGUCAUACCUUGUUGGUUUGAUAGGAGGAUUGGAUCUUAUUACACCACAUACUUCUACUCUGCAUAGGAAUUGUACCCUUCUCCCAACACUGACCCUUCCUCUGGUUUUCUGCACCAGGCGUUCACUCCAGUGCCCCACAUGUCCUGUUGACUGCAGUGGGCACAGGAUUGAACUGCAGGUUUCAGCCUCUCAUAUCCCAGACACUUUCUCAUCUUGCAACGCUCUCUUUCCUCACAUCUCCAUUUUCAUGGGCUCCUCCUGUCCUUCCUGUGCCUUUCCCCUCAUCACCCUACUGCACCCUUCUUCCGUGCUCCAGGCCUUUUGCAAUGCCUGGCCCGUGCUUCCUUCUCUUUCAAAGCCCUGCUUACACUGUAUUUCUUAUGUGAGGCCUUCGAGAACAGCUCAACAUCUCUCUCUGUCCCUCUAUUACAAUUUUUUAAAAGCCUUGAUUACAGUUGGGCUGUUGACCUUUGGUCAACCCACAGGGCACUGCCUUUGGUGAUCUUCUGGGCUAAUUAAAAUAAUGACUAACUUA